CGCAUAGAAAAGUACAAGCAUGUCUAGUAUAAGUCUUUUUUUUAAAUUUUGUUUGAGCUUGUAUCAGUCAAUCAGUUAUGGUCAGGUCAGGUCACCUGCUACUAGUAACAUUUAAUCCAGUACAACCUGUUUCAUAGGAUCAACUCAUAUUCUAGUUUAGUUUCAGUUUAAGUUUCAUGGGAAUUGGAGCAGUAAUAAGUUAAGAGUUAUGCAAGAAACAUCUGAGAAAGGCAGAAGAAACUCAAACUGCUCAUUUAAAUCUUGUACUGUUUUAAGUGAGUUGUUUAAAAUUAUGUUUACCGAUAGUGAAAUUGACCAAGUGGCAACUGCUAAGUGCGUGGCAAGUACCUAACAUUGUACUCUAGUAAUUUUUAAAAAACGUUUAUGAAGAGUCGUGGAAGAGUAAUAAAAAACUCAUGGAAAAUAUCAUAUCAGCCAAAAAUAACUAUCCAGCCAAAAUUUAAGCUGCUUUAACAAAAUAUAGAACAGAGAUAAUUGUUAAACAAAUAAUAGAAGCACACAAUCAUGUUAUUGGUGAAAAUAUUUAUCUGUUAUUGUUUUCAGAUCAAGAUCUUUACAAACAUGUCCAAAAAAAAAAAGUUAUCAAGUGAAGAGAAGGCUAAAGUUAAAGAACUGAGUCGUCUUUGUGUUACUACUAAAGUAAUUGCUGAUGAAAUGAGAAAGAGUACAGGAAAAUCCAUAAUGAACAAGGACAUUUGGAACAUCAAGGAUAAAUUCGUCAAGAAAUUAGAAAAAGAUUCUGAAAAAGAGAUUAGAACACAUGAGGAAGAACUGCUAUUAAUUAGAAAAGGUGAAAAUCUGAUUAAACAGGGUAAUCAACUCAUCAAGCAGGGUGAGCGUAAAAUAAAAGAAGGGGAAUUACUGCUUCGUACUCAUGGAUCCAAUGUAAACAGUGUACCAUGUAGAGUACCUAAAUCAUCUGCAGUCAAUACAUCUUGUACACCAAAACCUAGAAAGUCUUUUAUUAAGCUUACAAACAGGAUGAAGCGUAAAAGAACAGAUAGUCUUAGAGAACGAGAGGUGGAAGAACUGCAACAUGCUGUCAAAAGGUUUAAAUUUAAUUCUUCUACUGAUGGUAGGGCUAUUUUAUAUGGUUCAAAUUUGUCAUUGCAAGCUCUUUGUAAUUUGAAACUUACAGAUAGAACAUGGACUGAAUUUAAAAAUAUAGUGACUCAUAAUCGUCAUCUUGUUCCUCCAGGUUUAACCAAGUUGAAGCAAUACAAAAAAUUGACAUAUCCAGAACAGGUUAAAUAUUCUGAAACCGAAGUAAAAUGUAGUCUUUUCCAUAUGAUAAAGCAUUCAGUUUCUAGAGUGUUUGAAUAUCUUUUGGAUUAUGAAAGUAACUGCAUAAUGAGUUUAUCACAAGAAGAGCGUGAUAAUGCACAAAUUAUUUGCAAAGUAGGAGGUGAUGGUCAAAGUGAUCAAUCUGACUUUCAAAAUUCAGCAACUAUGAAAAGAGGUGUAGAUGAUCGCUCUGUGUAUAGUAUAGUGUUUAAUAUUGAAUUUAAACUUGGUGAAAGUACUUUUGUAGUAAAGUCUAGUUUGUCAACUAUUUAUACCACAAUGAAUGAUGGCAAAACACUAAACGCUGUUGUAUCAAAUAUGCUUAAAAAAAAAAAUUCAUCUCAGUCCUGCCAUGUAUGCCUUGCAAAUUCUAAAGAGUUUAACUUGAAAACUAUUUGGAAAAAAAAUAUUAAUUUAAACAAACAUGUUUUGAAACUUGGAAUUUGCAGUCUUCAUCUAUGGAUGCGCUGUAUGGAGUGGAUUUUCAAUACUGCUUGUAAACUCCCAGCUGUCAAGCAAGGAAGAAAUAUUCCAUCACAAAAGAGUAAAGAAUUUAUUGAAAACAAAAAAAAAUUCCAGCAUUUAUUCAAGAUACAACUGAAUAUAAGGGUUUCUUUUGUCAGGAAAGGAUGUGGAACAACCAAUACUGGAAAUGUUGCUCGCAAAUUUUUUAAUAACCCGAUUGUGACAGGGAAAAUUUUAAACUUGGAUAUCAGAAUGAUUAAGUUGUUUCGAGAUUUACUCAUUGAUAUAAACAGAACAACUACAAGACCGGAUAUAAAGGUUUUCAAACAGAAAUCUGAACAUCUAUUUGCACUCAUAACUAAUGAUAAAUUUUUAAAAACCAUACCUAUGUCACAACCUGUGCAUAGAGUGAUAGUUCAUGGUACUUCUUUUAUGAGGUAUUUUAAGUAUCCGAUUGAGAGUGCUAUUGAAGCCAGAAAUAAGGAAAACAAAACUGCUCGAAUUGGUCAUGCUCGUUUAACCUCUUUUGCAGAAAACACUAGGGAUACAGCUAAUUAUUUGUUUAUGACAUCUGAUAUGCAAUCUCAAUUUUAG